UAUGCUAUCGGUGCAGGAGUCUGUUGCGAUACUAGUUGGCGUUAGCGCCUAUAAGUCUGUGGUUUUUGUCACUGUGGCUUGGAGCAGUGGAUAGCUAGGCAGUGUUGCCUGUAUUACUGUGAUUUGAGGCAGUAGUUAGCUAGGCAGCAGUACCUCUAUUACUGUGGCUAGCAGCAUCAGUGGUUAGCUAGGCAGCAAUACCUCUAUUACUGUGGCUAGCAGCAUCAGUGGUUAGCUAGGCAGCAGUACCUCUAUUACUGUGGCUAGCAGCAUCAGUGGUUAGCUAGGCAGCAGUACCUCUAUUACUGUGGCUAGCAGCAUCAGUGGUUAGCUAGGCAGCAAUACCUCUAUUACUGUGGCUAGCAGCAUCAGUGGUUAGCUAGGCAGCAGUACCUCUAUUACUGUGGCUAGCAGCAGCAGCGGUUAGCUAGGCGGUGCGUAACCACGGCAACAGCCUCAGGCUCCCGCGCGACGAAGCAGCGAUGACGGACGUCGAACGCACAUACACGUCCACGCUCGUGCUCUUCCUGCAGAAGCCCGUCAACCUCCCCUUCCUCGCGGAGUGCCCCGGCAGCGGCUGCCCCGCCUGGAGGAGGGAGCAGGAGAGGAGGAACGCCGUUCCCUCCUUCGUGUCCGUGUACGAGAUCGCCCCGGACGUCUCCGCUAUCGGCGUCCUUGGGGAAGCCAAGAGGAGAGGCUCGCUGACCUCCUUGUCGUCGUCGGGUUCCUCUAGCGACGGGGAAUCCGGCGAGGGAGAAGGCGGCCGCCGAAGGAGGAGGGAGAAGAAGAGGAGGGGGAAGGGCGGCGGCGAUGGAGAAGGGAAGCCUGUUUGCAGGGUGGAGCUGGAGAUUGUGCCGUCGUUCAACCUCGAAGGCGAUGUCAUUGUCUACGAAACUGGGAAGCCCACAUCUAUGGGAAAGCCCGAGUCGCGCGAGGGAGGAGCCACGGAGGAGGUAGACGGUAAAGCCAGCAUUGAGAAGGUAGAUGGGGAAUCUAAUGGGGGAAAUAGCCACGGGAGACUGCAGUCUGAAGAAUCAGCCACACAAGAUGGGAUAGAAGUAGCAGAUGGCAGAGGAGUGGGCGAGCAUGUGGCCCGGAUAUUGCUGAAAGAGGAAGCCAGCAAAGAUAAUGAAGAAGAGGUAAAAAAGGAGGGAGAGAAGCCCGAGAGAGAGAAAAUAAAGGAAGAAGAACACGAGGAAUCGAAGAAGAAGGACGAAAAAGAGAAGAAGAAGGAAGAGGGGCGUGAG